AAGCCUUCUUAUCGUACUAUCAUCUCUAUAUUCUUGCUUUUUUUCAUCAUGGCUGCUCCUCAAGCUCUUCAACUUUCAUCACUUGACAAUGUUGUCAUCGACAAUGAAGAAAAUCAGAUUCAUGAGCCUGCUGUUGAUGAAUUUGAUUACUCUAAGAGAGGACAAUGGCUCCGAGCUGCCGUUUUGGGAGCCAACGAUGGGUUGGUCUCCGUUGCAUCACUAAUGAUGGGUGUUGGCUCGGUUAAAGAAGACGUCAAGGCUAUGAUCAUAGCCGGAUUUGCAGGUUUGGUCGCCGGAGCAUGUAGCAUGGCGAUUGGAGAGUUUGUAUCCGUAUGCACCCAGAGGGAUGUGGAAAUAGCUCAAAUGAAGAGAGAGAAGCGAAAGGGAUCAUUGGAGAGUGGAAAAGAUGAGAAACUACCGAAUCCUGUUCAAGCUGCCUUGGCGUCAGCUUUGGCUUUCACCGUCGGUGCGGUGCUUCCGUUACUGGCUGCUGCUUUUAUAAGGCAGCAUAAGGUGCGGAUUGCGGUGGUGGUCGCUGUGGCUAGCGUGGCUUUGGUGGUGUUUGGAGUGGUGGGGGCUUUGCUUGGAGGAACUCCGGUGGGUAAAUCUAGUGCGAGGGUGGUUGUUGGUGGAUGGAUGGCGAUGGGGACUACUUAUGGGCUCACCAAGCUGAUUGCAUCCGGUCAUGAGAUGCAAAUUUGAUUUUCUUUUCUGAUGGUUAAUGG